AUGAACCCAGUCGUCAGCGUUACUGAAGUUGAACAACUGCUAAAGGAAAAGAACGUUAAACUUAUUGAUGCCACCUAUACAUUAAGACCAGACUUUCCAGACUGGAAAACUUUUCAUGACAACUAUUAUGGUGAUUUCAAAAAACUUAUUGAUGCAUUUCCAGAGAAAGCCUAUGAAGAGGAGCAUAUUGAAAAUGCAGUAAAUUUUAGUCUUGAUAUUGGACUUUUCAUUGCAAAAUACAAACGCUAUGAUCUAUACCCAGCAGAAAUUUUUGAAGAAUAUGCAAGAAUUUUGGGUAUCAAUAAUGGUGAUCAUCUGAUUAUAUAUGGACGUGGAAUUGGUGCUGGAAUGUUAUUCUCGGCUCAUGUUUGGUUUGCAUUAAAGUAUUACGGUGUUGAAAACGUACAGUUGCUGGAUGGAGGUAUUGAAUCUUGGAAGAAGUCUGGCAAAAGCAUUGUCCUCUUAGACUGCAGACCAAGUGAUCAGUUCAGCAAACCAGCGGCUGAAUUAUUCAAAAAAGAAGGCAUAAAAGGAUGUCACGUUAAAGGUGCAAAGUCAUUCCCCUCUUUAGAUCUUACGGGUUCAGAUGGUAUAAAAAGUGCUGAUUUCGUUACUAAAGCUUUGGCAUCAACCGGUUAUACGGCUGGGAAACAAAUAAUAGUAUAUUGUGGUCUGGGUAACCAAGCUUCGUUAGGACUUGUCGCCCUCAAAAAUCUAGGCUUGACUUCGGUUAAAAUAUUUCAGGGAGGAAUGACUGAGGUGGUACGUCGAUGUCCAGAAAACUUGGAGUAG